AUGCCUGGCAAAACAUACCUCAUCACUGGCGCAAACCGCGGCCUAGGGCUCGAAUUCGUGCAACAAAUCAUCUCAGCAUCGCCCGACAACACAGUGAUCGCAUGUGUCCGCUCUUUACAAGGCGAACUCGACACCCUAAAAUCACUCGCGUCGUCCAACAAUGCGAAAAUCCACAUCGUAGAAUGCGACACGUCGUCCGUCGACUCGAUCAAAAAGGCCAGCGCCGAAAUUUCCAAACUCCUCUCUGGCCAACAACUAAACUACCUCCUGAACAACGCCGGGAUCAACAGCGUCUCCUCGCAAACAGCACUGACCAUCUCGCCCGCGGAUCUGCACACGCACAUCGACACGAACGUGAUCGGGCCAUCGGAGCUCUUCAAAGCGCUGUACGAGUACCUCGGCCCGGGUAGCGUGGUGCUGAACAUGUCGUCUGGGCUGGGCUCGUCGGGCAAAGGCAUCGUGAAGUGCGCGACCUACGCGGUCAGCAAGGCCGCGCUGAACAUGUUGACGGUGCAUCAGGCGGACGCGCUGAAGGAGAAGAAGGCCGUGGCGAUCGUCAUGGAUCCUGGCUGGGUGAAGACCAGGAUGGGUGGCGAGGGCGCCAUUCUGACCCCUGAGGAGAGCAUCAAGGGUAUGUUGAAGACCUUGCAUUCUGUGACCGUCCAGGAGAGUGGGCGGUUUUACCAGUAUGAUGGUCAGAUUGUGCCGUGGUGA